GGAUUGGUACAAUCCGUAUAAUACUAAUUCAAAAUUGUAUGUUGUUUUUAUAAAUUUGCUUAGUGGCUCUCUCUGGAACUUAUGCAACCUCUCUAACGCGCACUUAAAACAGUAAAGUCAGCUUUUGUUGCAUGAAGAAGAAAUAGUUUCAUAGCUGAAGAGCGGAAACGAAAGCAAUAUAGAUAUUUUGUGUUCUUGUUUCAAGCUACCACACUAAUGUCGUAAUGUGAUCAACCACUUGAUCAACUGAUCAUCACCUCUCCUUACUCAUUUUUGUUUCAAAACCGACAGAACACCAAUCCAACCGAACGGUUCAGGUCCCUGUGGAAGCGCCAGCGGUGCAACGUGCAAGCACAAGACGAGCAAGACGAAGCGACGAAGCCGACGAAGCCCCAAGCUGUAUCCCGUGCAACGCCAGCCGCCCUGCCAGCCUUGCGGCCCGCUGCGAAUUCUACCGCUACUCAAGUGACAACCGUGAAUGAGUGAAUGAUCGAGCGGUGUGGCUCGGUAACAUGGGCUUGGCGCAGUAGUGCAGGCUCUUCCCUGGCCACCGACUAUGUGCAAGGUGAACCUAGUGCUCUGCCUAUGUCAUGUGCUUGUCCGGAUCUCACUCAGUCAGCUGGUGAUCAAUGUGCGCAACCACGGGGGCGACGUGCUCCGCGAGAGCCUGGUCGCCAACACUUCGGACGAAACCAUCACGCUCGAGUUCCACAAGUCCGAAGGGACCCACGUGACCCAGUUCAUAGACUUUAAAAUGGAGGUACAAGUUUUCCGGGUCCUGAUCUUGGGAGAGGAGGAGCAAGGGCAGAACCUGUACCAAGUGGUGUGCUUUGUCACUCGUUUCAACAAAGUAAACUUCAUUCCGGUCGACGCGAUGUCCAAGCUUAGGCAGCGUAACCCCCUGGCGGUGCGGGAGCCUGAAGAGGAGCGUGGUCGAGAGCAGCUGGGCAUGGACCUGAGCGUGGAUCUGUCCCGAGCAGAGGUGAUCUCCCCGCACCUGGCGCCGCUCUGCAGGGAGGCGCCGCACUCCACCUUCGCCCGAGAGGCCGAUCUGAGGGCGUGGGCCAGUGCCAGGGCCUCAAGCAGGGACCUGGUGCUGCUGCCCGGUGCGGUGCAGCCUGCGGGCGCAGUGGUGCCGUGCGGGACCAAGCCCCAGCUAGCCCGGGACGCGCCCUGCGGCUGUCGCCUGGACGUGUGCGUCGCCUGGUUCCCCUGCGGGCUCAAGUGGUGCCGCGAUGCCGGCCGAGCCUCCAGUUUUCGGUGCGGCAUCCGCACGUGCCGCAAGUGCCACCAGUUCCUCUACCCAGUGCGCACGAGAAGCCUUUGCCUCUGGGAAUGAGCGCCGCCACCGUUCCAUAGCCUUCCGAGCGCGGCCGGCCGCGGCCCCCGGAUCAGUUUCUUCCGACACGCUGUGCCUCUCGACUUCACCCGCCAAGUGUCCUUGAUAACUCGAACAAACAGACUGGUCACAAUGUCAGUCUCGAGAAACCUAUUCUUUUACUGCGAGAAAUGUACAAACAUUGUUCUUUGUGGGGAUCGCCCCAAAACAGGCGAGGCUAUUCGACGUCGUUUCUUUGUGGGCAACCGUUUGCUUAUGUAUUGUUGAACAUUUUUUUUUAAUUGCUUGUUUAGACGGUUCAUGUGGAAACCAAAGAAACCAAUUGGGUGCUUCUCCAUGGAACGUUUCUUUUUAUCUAGCGUUGUAGUUCCUCGCACAGGUGAUCCUAUACUUAUAGCUUCAAGAAUGUAUCAACACUCACCAUUGAAGUAGUUCCAAAUCUAAUGGCCACAACAUUUUAGGCCAUCGGCUAGAAAUUUCUUGCGCUGCCGAGGCUGCCCUGGAACUCGUGGGAGACCACUGUGCGAAUUUUACUAGUCCAGAGUGGCAUGGUACAAACAUACUUUUGAUGUCCUUAUUGCUUUGUUCCUUGUUAGAUGUAUAUGUUACACGCCUCUGCCUAUGGAAUGAUGAUGUGUGUCACCGUGAUGGUGCCACUCUCUGAAGAGUUGCCCUAAACUCAUCAGUGGCCAUGCAACAUUGUUUUGUACCAAUAGAGGAGGAGGUGCAUUGCCAAUUUAGUACCUUUAGUACUUUUGAAAAGUUUAAUACGUAAUAGCAUUGUUUUCUACACACAAUAAAGCUUGUUUCUAUAGUA